AUGAAUUAGAUGCUGAAGAAAAGCGCCUCCUGGAAAUAUUAGAGGAAGGACUAGAGCAGACAAAGAGAGAUUCGGAUAAUUGUUAUUCGGAUACGUGUGAUCCUGAUUGUCAGAUGCAGUGUUGUCUAAAUGAUUGUGAUAAUAUGGACUGCCUGGCAGAAUGUUACGGGGAUCAAGAUAAGAGGAUAGCUGCAGAUAAGAAAGAACAAAGUGAUGAUGCCAGGAAGAGAUUGUGGUUUUCUAGAAGGCGAAGGAGGAGAGUAAUAUUUCGUGGUUAAGAGUCAAACGAAAGAUGUUCAUAACUUCCAGAAUAAAAACAAUGUUACAGGCAGCCUUGUCCUAAUUAUCAUGUUACAUAUUUCUUUUAAAUUCAUUAAAACAUUUGUAUCCGGUCAUUUUUUUACUGCCUUCGCUUUCAGAUCUGAUGCUUAUUUCAUAUUUAAAUUAUAGGUUAGUUGAACAAGGUCAUUUUGCAUGCCUCAUUUGUUUAAUAAUGUAUGUUUCAAUAUGUAUUCCCUUAGUUUAUUUCUUCUACUCAUAUUUUGUAGAUUGUAUGUUGCAUUUAUCAAUAUCUUCAU